AGUGUGCUAAAUACACACCCACCCAUGUCAAUAUCACACCUGAGCACGAGAUUGAAAGACCACAUAAGUUACGUUCUUCGGGAAUCAGUCUUGCACGAGCGACCGGGCUGUGACUUACAAAGAGAAUAUCAAUAGUUGGGAGGACUCCUGCUCAUCACGUGAACUCCAGGGCUUUACCGUUUUUUCAUUUUCGAGUUCAAGGAGCGAGAAUCUUUUGUGGAACAUCCACGCCCACCCGAGUCAAUAUUACAUCUGAGCACGAGAUUGAAAGACCACAUAAGUGACGUCGUUAAGGGCACAGUCUCUAACGAGCGAUCGGGCUGCGAGUUAGAAAGAGAAUAUCAAAUAGUUAGCAGGAGUACCACUCAUUUCGGGAACUUGCCGAUUGUGUUUAUUUCGUUUUCCUCGUCAGGAAUAAAGUUGAUCGGGAGGCGGCCGGAAGGGAAGAUGUGGAAUACACUGUUUAUCGUGUGUGUAACAAUGUUAUGUCUCUACACAGAAGCCGCCCCUCUCAAGGACACACAGACAUCUUCAGACCAAAACACACCUCUAGACAGAGAUAUCAAACUAUUACUAUGCUUAACACGACCGUCAUCGCCGGGUUGUUCAAAAGAUGCAAAUUUAGAAAUGAUUCUGGACGAGAUUUCCAAACUAGAAACUGCACAAUCAAAAAAGAGCUUACUCAGUGACAUAAACCGAUUUAAAGACCACCGGAUAAGAGACUCCCAACCUGAUAUACGCUCAGAGUUGACCAGCGCCCAGAAACGACCCAGCUUCUACAGUGAUUGGAAGUAAAACCAAAACGAGGCAAGGAUGACGUAGAGAGUAGCCAUGACGUCACAAGCGACCUUGACCUUCGGCUCGAUUUCUCGAGUUUUGAUUGGCUGCUGUGUUUCACACAACUGUAUGAAGUUUUGUUUUUGUUCAAUAGAUUUACUUUUUGUUACUUUCUUUUCGAUUUUGCUUACAAAACUGGACGAUUGAACUUGUCGCACAGAUACCAUAGCGACUGACGCCAAAAUCAGUCGCGUCCCUUGUCGCAAAUCUCUAUAGGAUUCUUAGUUGAGAUCUCACUCAGGAUUGUAUCUAUGACAUAUAUACAAUAUAAAGGAUUCUUCAACAUUCUUAGUCAUGGUCUCUCAUCAAAAAAAUGUUGUUCAGACCGCGCAAGAACGGCUGAAUAAGAUCUUGACUUAGAAUUUUAUAAGAAUUGGGACUUUCGACCUUGUGUAUUUCUUUUAUUAUCACCCUAUAAAUGUAUGAUGUCGUCAAACUCGCCUCGUCAAUAUGAUAAAGCGGACAGAAA